UGGAGUGCGGGCGCCAGCAGGAGCCCGGCGGUUGGCGCUUGGGAACCUCGGCCCAGCUAUCCCGGCAGCUCGGGACGUGCGACGGUUCAGAGUGAGGUUCCUGAAGGCUUCAAGGGAAACCAGAUUUAGGGAAGGCUCGAUGGCCCUGGGUGAAGAUGAGGCUGAGGCAGAAGCAUCUGUCAACACAAAGGUCCCACCUUGUAGCAGGUGGAAUUCUGGGGAACUGCUGUCCCCAGGACUAGAACCAGAGCAGCCCCCACAUCUGGAAGUCGAGGGAGGGCCACUGUGGAGGGCUGAGGCCAACCCUGGCUGCAUCUCUGGAGUUUUCUUAUCACAGGUCCACCCUGCCAGCAGAGAACCUGUAGCAGACAGGUCUAAGCCUACACUCAGCAGCCCACUGCCUUCUGCCAGCGUGGGGACUGAAGAGCAUUUACCCUCUAUGGAAAGCCAAAUGGAGGAAAACAGGCUUCCUGCCUCCCAGGAGCUAAUUCAGACUGUUAAAGUCCUUGGAACUAUAACUGUUUGCUCAGGACAUGAUGCUGACAGUGAAGUUGACCAGUCUGCAGUUGAUUCAUCUCAGGUGCUGGGCCUUAGCCAGCAGCCUCACAUCUCAGGUCUCCCUCUCCUAGCACAGUGGAAGUGCACAGGGAACCCCAUUGCUCCUCAGCUAUCUAGCAGAAGCAUCUCUGCCUCUUCAGUGGGCAGCAGUCUCCAGGAUCACCAGGAGAAGGCAGAGCCUCAGAGUGGCUCCUUUGCUAACACGUCCUCUCAGGAGUUGACUGUACCACAGGCAGCCCCUUCUGUGAUGAAGAUAGAGCCUCAGCUCCAGUGGUCAUCACAGCCUGUGGCCUCUGGCAGUGAUGUUGCAGGCCUGGGUAAGAGACAACUCUCCUUUCAAGCAGAGUACUGGGCCUGUGUACUGCCAGAUUCUCUGCCUCCUUCUCCUAACCGCCAGUCCCCACUCUGGAACCCGAAUAAGGAGUAUGAAGAUCUGCUUGACUAUACUUACCCACUGAGGCCUGGGCCUCAGCUCCCAAAGCAACUUGCAAGUCAUGUGCAGACUGACCCUGUGAUGCAAGACUCAGGUGUAGAUCUGGACAGUUUCUCUGUCUCCCCAGCAAGUACUCUCAAGUCACCCACUAAUGUCUCCCACAGUUGCUCAUCAGCAGAAGUGCCUGCUCUGCCAUUUUCUGGAGCCAGAGAGCCAUGUCUUAAGCGCUGUCCCUUGGGAGUAUCCCAGAAACAGGGUGGCAUAAGCUUGGCAUCCUGGAACCAGCUUGCAUCGACCCCUAGAGCCCCAGGGACUGAGGAUGCUUCUUGGGGGAACAGAGAAGCAGCCAUGAGGGACACAAAGGACUGUCUACCAGUAGGCAAGAACCUCAAUGUUGGCUCUCCUCAGCUGAGGACAAAGGAGAGAGAGCACUCCUUUCCCACACUGGCGAGGGAGAAGAAAGCCAGCCAGAACAGUGGGCAUCCUGCCUAUGUGAAGCCUGGAUGGACACCAGAAGAGGAGAUGGAAAGUGAUGAUGAGUACCUUGCUCUGCCCACAAGACUGACUCAGGUUUCUAGUUUGGUGUCCUACUUAGGUGCCAUUCCGACAUUUGUGAACCUACCCACUGGGGCUGCUGAGGAGCACAGUUCAUUGGAAGUCUCAGACAGUGAUAGACCAGCUUCCCCUACAGUGGAUUCCAGCCAAACGCAGCAUCCUUCUGGGGCUGCCUUUCAAGGCCCUUUGGGCCAGAAACACUGCUUCAUGCACUCUAUCGAGCCCCAGGACUCCACAGGCAAAAGUAGUCUGAUGGGUAGUCAAGCCCUCAGGGUCUCUUCUGGACUGCUGAAAACUCAACCCUCCUUGCAAGCUGCGCAGGACAGGUGGUCAUUCUCAGAGCAAAUUGCUGGAGGGAAGCUUCCCAGGAAAGCAGGAGAGCGGGAGAAAGCUUCCCUGGUGCAGUGUGUGCAGACAUUUUGCUGUCAGCUAGAAGAGCUGAUCUGCUGGUUGUAUAAUGUCACGGAUGUUGCUGACCUCAGUACUCCAUCGAGGUCCAGUCUUACAGGCCUCAAGUCCUCUCUGCAGCUUUACCGGCAAUUUAAGAAAGAUGUGGAUGAACAUCAGUCCCUGACAGACAGUGUCUUGGAGAAGGGGGAGAUUCUUCUUCAGUGCCUGUUGGAUAAUACCCCAGUUUUAAAGGAUGUCCUUGAGAGGAUCGCAAAACAGUCUGGAGAGCUGGAGAACCAUGCAGAUCACCUCUAUGACUCUAUCUUAGCCUCUUUGGACAUGCUGGCUGGCUGCACCCUCAUCCCUGACAAUAGGCCUACAGCAGCAAAAGAACACCCUCAUGAACAACUUUAAGUAUCAUCCCAGGCAGAGAUGGAUUAUCAUCACCUAAGUUGGCCCUUGGGAAGAAAACUCAAGAACCCCUUGUAAGGAUCAUUUAAUAGUUAAGGCAGGGGAGGAAAACUCAACUUUAACAUAUUUGCUUUACUUGCCUUCUCACUCUGAAGGCUUCUUGAGUUACAAUGAAUCCUUCCAAAAUAAGGCUUUCCUUCUGGUGCUUCCCUACCAAAAAUAAGUGGCUUUAUAAUUUUUGGGGGUGGGUUUAUGUACCCCUUCUGUUUAAAAAAAACAGCAGAUAAAAUGUGUUGAGGCCAUUUAUAGAAAGCUGCUCAAGAAAGAAGGUUCCAAGUACUUGGGAUUCUCGGGCAUACAGAGGAAUGGUAUCUGAGAGAGUGAAAAAGUUAGUGGCCAAACCUGUGGAUCUUUUCCUAAACUGAAGUUGAGUUUUUUGAAGACCUGUUAGCCCUUAGUCUACUGUAAGUCAGUAGAACCUCUAGGGUCCUUUGGACAACACUAGAUCAGUGGCCAUCUUUAGUGGUUAGUCUCUGCUUUCUUCAUUAACUAUUUCAUCAGAAGUUGGAGGUCUGCCAUCAUGUUCUGAAGUGCAAACUUUUGCUUAUCUCUGGGCCACUCAAUCCUCUACUCUUCUUUCCCCUGGAAGACUAGUGAGAGGAAGGGAACGGAACAGCCACACAGUCUGAUCCUUACAGAAAUUAAAGCGGCCUAUGGUGAUGAAAAAGGGACAUUCUUUGUUGCUUGGGAGUUAACAAGUAGUGCCUUGUCGGGAAGAAAAUUCUAUGGAUCAGUUGCUCAAAAUACCAUUUACAGAUAUUGAAGGAAAGUGAUUGUAUGCUGGUUACCACAAAUUCCACAAAGUAUCAAAGAUAGGUUUUUCAGCUUAAGAACAGAAAAAAAACAAAGAUUUGCUAUUUAGAUAAGCAUGGUAUAUGACUUUAAUCCUAGCAUUUGGGAUUAUAUCUUUGAGUUUGAGGCUAGCCUGGUUUAUAAUGAUUAAAGUUCCAGGCUGCCAGGGCUAGAUAAUGAGAAAUAUUAGCUGAUUGGUAAGUAUAUAUAAAAUACAGUAUUUUCACAUGCCUGCUGUUAUACAGUAUGACUUACCGUAAUGUUUAUGAGCAUGAUCCAAAAUAAAGGAUUUUGGUUUGAUUUGGUUUUUAAA